ACUUGCGUUUGAUGAACAGUUCCAGUGUGUUCUGGGACAGAGGAGUGAGUGGAGGUUAUCAGUCCCUGCUGCUGGAUGAGGACCGUGGCUGGCUCCUGGUAGGGGGUAGAGACCACAUCUACCUUCUCCACUCGGACAGCCUGGCUCUUCCAACACGCACGAUUUACUGGCCAGCUGUGGAGGAACACGUCGAACACUGCAGAUUGGCAGGGAAGAACCUGUCGACUGACUGCGCCAACUACGUGCGUCUCCUUCAGCCCUUCAAUAAGACCCAUGUGUACGUCUGUGGCACCGGGGCCUACCACCCACAAUGCACCUACAUAGACCUGGGACACAGCACUGAGGAGCCGUUGUUCCGUCUGCAGAGCCAUGCUGUGGAGUCUGGCCGGGGGAAAUGUCCCUUUAGUCCACGGGAACCCUUCACCGCCAGGCUCACCGAUGGAGAUUUGUAUGCGGGGACGUCGGUGGAUUUUAUGGGUACCAACGCAGCUAUAUUCCGUACCUCUGUGCACAGCAGCAACCAGCACUAUAUACGCACUGAGGCCUACCAGGACCACUGGCUCAAUGAGCCAGAGUUUGUGGGUUCCUUCUCCAUUCCAGACACACAAAGUGUGGACGAUGACAAGGUUUACUUCUUCUUAAAGGAGACAGCUGUAGAGUCCAGCCAGUGGGACAAGAGGGUUUACAGUAGAGUGGCACGCAUCUGCAAGAAUGACGUCGGAGGGAAGAGGAGUCUGAUUAAUCGUUGGAGUACCUUCCUCAAGGCCCGUCUGGUGUGUUCUGUACCAGGACCUGGGGGACAGGACACACAGUUUGAUGAGCUCGAGGAUAUCUUCAUUCUGGAGACCAAAGACGACCAGAACCCUGUCAUCUACGGAGUUUUCUCAACCUCCAG